CCACUAGCCAUUAUACUGAAAGAGAACAAACUUACUGGUUCCAACUAUAUUGAUUGGAAAAGAAACCUGGACAUUGUUCUUACUGCUGAAAGCUAUAAGUUUGUACUAACUGAGGCUUGCCCUGAUGCACCUGACGGUGACUCUACCCCAGAGGAGAUUAAGUAUCAUAAGAAAUGGGUAAAAGCUGAUGAGAUAGCGCGGUGUUACAUUUUGACAUCAAUGUCAAAUGUAUUGCAACAUCAGCAUCAAGAUUUACCAACAGCUUAUGAUAUAUUGAACAAUCUCAAAGAACUCUUUGGGCACCAGAGUCGGACUGAUAGGCAAGAGGCAAUGAGGAAGUUAAUGACAGCCACCAUGUCUGAGGGGACACCCGUAAGGGAUCAUAUCCUCAAAAUGAUGGCUUAUCUUAAUGAAAUACAAGUCCUUGGAGGAGAAAUCGAUGGGGAAACCCAGGUCGAUAUAAUUCUCCAAGCGCUACCCAAAAGUUUUGAGCAGUUCUGCCUGAACUAUAACAUGAACAAAAGAGAGUAUACGUUGGCGGAACUUCUGACAGAACUACAGGCAGCAGAGGGAAUAUUUCGUAAAAGUUCUCAGAUUCACUAUGCUGAAAAUGGUUCGACUUCUAAGCCGAAAGACAAGAAGAAGAAG